AUGGUCAUGGAUAUCCGUAUAGUACGACCGGCCUGUAUUAUACAGGCGACCCGUAUGAAUGCGGAAAUCCCAUUGCUAGUUGUAGACACAUCUGGAUUUGAUCAAGAAGAGAAAGAAUAUCAGGGAUCCAAAUGUAAUGAAUGUGAAGCUGAAAUUGUUGCACUACUUGUUAAGCGUCUUACUGAUGCUGGAGUUCUUGAGAAAGAUGUGUCAGUAAUAUCUCCAUAUAAUUUGCAGGUAUCAUGUAUCAAAGCAAAAAUCAGUAAUUACCCUGGUGUAGAGGUACGCACAGUGGAUGGUUUUCAAGGUCGGGAAAAAGAAGCUGUGAUAAUUUCACUUGUGCGUUCAAACAAGAAGAAAGAACUUGGAUUUUUAACCGACAAGCGACGUUUGAAUGUUGCUGUGAGUCGGGCACAAUGUUUCUUAGCUGUUGUUGGAGAUGUGUCUACUGUUGGAACAGAUGAUACAAUUGGCAGCCUUUUAAACCAUAUGGAAGAAAAGGGGGUUACUUAUUCUGCUCACGAACUUUCAGAUGACAUAGAUGCGCUCAAUUUGCCUAGUUUCAUGUCACAACAUGAGGAUGUACCCAAGAAGAAGAAAUCCAGAUCUAAAUUUCCAAAGAGAGAUAAAGGAAAUGAAGGUAAAUGUAGGGAGUCUGUGCCACUUACUAGAAAACAAAGCUCCACUUGCAGUCUUCUUGAUAGUAGUGUUGGAAAACUUCAAGCAAAAGGCAAGUAUACAGUAUUUAAUUUAAAAAUAAAUAGCGCCAAAAAAGAUCAAAGGGUUGAAAAGAAGGACAUUAAUAAACCUGAAGCAUCGGCUGGACAAUGUUUGCCUGUGGAGUUAAGUGACCCUGAUAAUAAUGAAAAUACACGGUCACCUUCUGAAUCAGAAACACCUGAUGUCAAAAAGGAGAAGAAAACAACAUCCAAAAAGAAACAAUCUAAGCUUCCAAAGAAAAAAAGUCCAAAAACCAAGAAACUAGAUGGAUCUGAUGAAUCAGAUGAAGAUCUGAAGGCCAUUGAGGAAUCUAAGAGAAGAAAUUCAACCUGCUUUAUGAAAGGCUGUAAAGCAAGUGUAAAAUUGUUCCCCCAACUUUGUCAACAUUGCAAUGAAGUGUUUUGCCUCGCCCACAUGUUACCAGAAGUUCACGGAUGUGGUGAUGCCGCUAAAAGAUCAGCAAGACGUAAUUUUCGACUUAGUCAGGCUCCAAAAACAGCAGAAAAAGAUAAAAAUGUUGCCAGUCAGAAAUUAAAACAGAAAGUUGCUCAGUUAGCUGCUGAAAGGAAACGUCAAGCAAAAAAAUAAAAUGUAAAAAUUAAUUACUGUGAUAAAUUCAUUGUGUUCUCUGUGCAUAUAUUAUAAAUGUUUUUAAAGUGGAAAAAAAAUUGCAGCUAUACAUGUCUCAAAAGAAAUAAAUUGUCCGUGCAAAAA